CUAAAUAGCGUCUCUUCUCUUCGAACCCUAAUCUGAGAUCCCCCGUCUUUUAAUUAGCUUUUAUUUUAAUAAAAGGAAUUCGUUUUUGAUCGGGACAAGCCGAGGGUUUUCCUGAGAGCACCCAAGAUUUUAAGGCUACAAUUUUUUCUUAACUCGAUCUCGAUCGAGGGUUUCGUUUUGCCUUUUCGAUUUCGUAUUGUUUUGUUGUUGGUGAAUCAACAGAUGUCGCGGUGUUUUCCGUUUCCUCCACCGGGAUACGUAAAGAACGGAAUCCGCGAUGAGGCACUGAUUGAAUCGAUCAAGCUUAAAAGAGAAGAGGAGAAGGCUAAGAAAGAAAGGAAGAAAGAAAAGAAAGAUAAAAAACGGGAGAAGAAAGAAAUAGACAAGGCCCGGAACAGUGGAGAAACCGAAAGUAAGAAGCAUGGUCAUAAGAAACGGCAUAAAGACGAGAGGAGCCAAGAAGGUAAAAAAGGUGGAGACUGCCAAAAGAGAAGACAAAAUGAAGUUGAAUGUUUUGAGAAGAGUACGCUUACUGAAGAACAUGGUCAAGCAGUGGACCCCAGAAUUCUUCGGAUAGCACCCUUAACAGCAGUAAAAAACAGAAGCUGAGCUCACCCCCUUCUGACAGUGGGCAUAAUUCUGGAAGCAUUAUCCGGAUCCGGUUGCCUUCUCAAAGGCAUAUCGAUCCCGUAGUGCUACCCUGCAAUGUGCAAGCUUGUUCUACCUCAGGAAAGAUUGAUGAGGCCUUUGUUCAAGGGACGCAUGAGCAUGUUCCUAGAUCAGGCAGGGAGCUGGGGAAAAAUCCUUGUUCUACUUCCAGUAUUAGACUUCCAGAGUUAACUCCCAAGCUUAGCAAAGGAAAACCUUGCUCCUCUUCUGGUGCAUCAGAAUGUCGUACUUAUAAUGCCCCGGCAUCAUUGCCGUCAAACUUGUGUUGCAGUUGCUCGCCUACACUAACUUCACAAUUCAAAAUUCUCGUGGAGGAUUGGGUUGUGCCUACACUGCAGACCGAGUUAACCAGUUUUGGUGAGAACUGGCUGUUUCAGAAAAAGCAAAAUCUCAACAGCGGCAUUAAAAGCAGCAAAGAGGGAAAUGUUGGUGCGUUCAAAUGAACUCAACAAGUUGGCCACAUGCUUGCAUUUUAACCGAGGCUGAUAUAUAUGCUUUACCUUUCACGGUACCGUUCUGAACUAAAUGUGCUGAGAAGGCGUGCAAAGUGUGAGAAGUAGAAAAUGGUGCUGGAAGUGCUUAAAAGUACUGAAAGUGUGAAGGGUUUGUUGCCAGCAUUUCAGCUCUUUCUUCUGUUUACGUUAGGAGUAGGACUCAAAAAUGAGGAUGAUAAAUUGUGCGGUGACCCUUGCUGGAAAAAAGGCUACUGAGACUUUCUUCUAUUUUUCUUUUUAACCCUCGCGUGAGAAUGAACAAAUAGAAUUGAUGUAUUACAAAAUU